AUGUGUAUGGGAGCCACGUGCCCAGACUGCUCGAAGAAGUCGUGGCGCGGCUGCGGCCAGCAUAUCCCGAGCGCCCUGUCCGGGGUUCCGGAGGACGAGUGGUGCACGUGUGACCCGAGGGUCGAGAUCGACGGCAAGUCGUACCCUCAUGCGGCCCGCGUCGCCAUCCCCGGCGCGUCGUGGCUGAGCGGGCUGGUCGGGGGCGGCGGUGAUCACAAGAAGGAGGGCAAGGAUGAGCUGUGA